CUUGGCGCGUCCCGGCGACUGGGCUGUCUACCCUAGAGGAUUCGGGCCGUAGGUCACUGUCAACCGCGGUAUCGCCAGCCAGAUUCAGCCGCAGGCCUUGAAACACCCCUGGGUGUCUCGCGUAGUGCAGCUCGAGGUCCAUGGAGAAGGGCCCGGUACCGCAAGAGAAGCCGCGGGGCACCAGGUGCACCAAUGGGUUCCGGGAGCGGGAGCCGUCGCGGCCUGGGUCCAGCCGGCCGCCGGCCGAGAGCUCCCCGCGGAUCCCCGCCACCAAGAGUCCCCAGCCCGCCGACGACUGGAAGAGGGAGCGGCCCCGCAGCGAGGAGGAUAACGAGCUGAACCUCCCCGGCCUGGCGGCCGCCUACUCGUCCAUCCUGCGCUCGCUGGGCGAGGACCCCCAGCGGCAGGGGCUGCUCAAGACGCCCUGGAGGGCGGCCACCGCCAUGCAGUUCUUCACCAAGGGCUACCAAGAGACCAUCUCCGAUGUCCUGAACGACGCAAUAUUUGAUGAGGACCACGAUGAGAUGGUGAUUGUGAAGGACAUAGAUAUGUUUUCCAUGUGUGAGCAUCAUCUGGUUCCCUUCGUUGGAAGGGUUCAUAUUGGUUAUCUUCCCAACAAGCAAGUCCUUGGCCUCAGCAAACUUGCAAGGAUUGUAGAAAUCUACAGUAGAAGACUACAAGUGCAAGAGCGUCUUACAAAACAAAUCGCUGUUGCCAUCACAGAAGCCUUGCAGCCUGCUGGAGUUGGGGUGGUGGUUGAAGCAACGCACAUGUGUAUGGUAAUGCGGGGGGUGCAGAAGAUGAACAGCAAAACUGUGACCAGCACGAUGCUGGGUGUGUUCCGGGAAGACCCAAAGACUCGGGAGGAGUUUCUAACCCUAAUCAGGACCUGAACGUCUCUAUGCAGUGGGUUGUGCUAUCUGCCCUAUCUGUCUUCAUUGUCUACAUUCCAUUUUCAACUGCUGUCAAUGUGAACUUUACUUGUCACUGAUUGUACUUAAAAAUUAUUUAUAGAAAAUUAAAUAAAAAUAAUUAUCAAAGGGGUGAGCCCUCUACAUUCUUCUUGCCACCUUUUAGUGGCAAUGUUAAACUGCCAAUAAUAAGUUCUGUGCACAAACCACUGUCAUUCAGAUAACCCUAAAGGUGCAGGCAAAGAGGUGAAUCCAUGGUUGAUAUUGUUUAAUAAUCUGAGUGAUCAGCAUGGGAGCAUUGGGUGUGGGUGUGAACUGUGGGCCGCCAUGCUGGUUUUUCCUCUUCCCACAGAAAUAGUACCACAUCCGAAGAGCUUAAGUAAUGUAUGUGUAGGUGGUGUAUUGCUCCAUGAAUACAAAGUCCCAUAGGCUCCGCUUUCACUGUGUUGAUGAAACCUCCAGUGGCAUUUUAUUUUUUAAUAUUUUUAUUAAUCAUUCCCUUGUAAUAUUAGUCUCUGAGGGAAGGUGAUAGAAUAUCGGUAUGUGGUUUUUUUUAAACCUUAUUGUAAGUUAAAAAGGCACAUUUCUACCUGCUAUCCUUUUAAAAUUUGAUUAGAGAGAAAGAGUCCCUGAAGUUGUUUACGAGUUUAUUCUCAUGUUAUUCUACGGGGAUUGAGACCUUUAAUUCUCUGUGCCUUGAUGAGAAUAUCACACCAUUCACCAUGUACUUUUUUCCUUGUUUUUUAAAAGAAAGCCAUUAUUUUAAGGCUUGGUACUGAAUUGCAAGUAACUAGUUCUUAUUGUUUCCACUUUAGAAGUCCCUUGGGAAUUUACUUUGUGUGAUCCACAUAGAGGCCUUAAAGCAGGUUUCAUUUUAAUCCUAUGAAAU